CUGCCUCCCCGAACACGAGCUCGUCCUCUGCCUCGGCGACCCAAAGGUUAUCAAAAAACCCUUCUCGGAAAUGGAAUACAGUUCAGAUGACGAUUCGGAUAUUAGCGAUUCUGAGAUUGACGAGUAUGGAGCCAAAAUUCAGGCCCGCCUGCUUUCAGGAGAUUUAAAGUUCAGGAAUGGUGAUAGUUACAGCUGCCCAUUCUGUACUGGCAGGAAGAAUAAAGAUUACAACAUGCAAAGCCUUCUUCAGCAUUCCUCAGGAGUAGGUGCAGCACCUAAUCGACCAGCAAAAGAUAAAGCAUCGCACCGUGCCCUUGCCAAGCAUUUGAAGAAUGGCGUUGCUAAACCUUCUGACCCACAGCAGGCACAGCAAAUUGCUGUAGAGCCGCAGCAGCCGCAGCAAAUUGCUGUAGAGCCGCAGCCUCUUCCAAACAGACAUGAGAAGUUUGUGUGGCCCUGGAUGGGAGUUCUAGUUAAUGUACCUACUGAAUGGAAGGACGGGCGUCAAGUCGGAGAAAGUGGAAAUCGUUUGAAGGGGGAAUUAUCGCAAUUUUGCCCACUGAAGGUUAUUCCAUUAUGGAAUUUUCGAGGUCAUACAGGGAAUGCUAUUGUUGAGUUUGCAAAAAACUGGAAUGGUUUCAGAAAUGCACUUGCGUUUGAAAAGUACUUUGAGGCAGGAGGUUGUGGCAGAAGGGACUGGAAGCAAAACAUGAAUCAAGGGUCAAAGCUUUGUGGAUGGGUCGCAAGGGCUGAAGAUUACAAUUUUCCGGGGCUAAUUGGGGACCACUUAAGGAAAAAUGCUGACUUGAAAACUAUCGAUGAUCUUGAGAAUGAAGGAACGCGUAAAAAUAAUAAACUUGUAGCUAAUUUAGCUAACCAAAUUGAGGUCAAGAAUAAGUAUUUACAGGAGCUUGAACUUAGAUACAAUGAGACAACUGUGUCACUUGAGAAAAUGAUGGGGCAAAGGGAACAACGUCUCCAGGCAUAUAAUGAAGAAAUUCGGAAGAUGCAGCAGCUAGCUCGCAGACAUUCUGAAAAGAUCAUCGAUGAGAACCAAAAUCUGCGUUCAGAACUGGAGUCGAAGAUGAGUGAACUAAAUGCAAGAUCCAAAGAGCUUGAUGACCUUGCUGCAAAAAGUUCUCAUGACAAAAGUAAUCUUGAGCAGGAGAAGCAGAAGAAUGCUAUUAAAUCAAACCAUCUUAAGUUGGCAACAGCGGAACAACAGAGAGCUGAUGAGGAUGUGGUGAAGCUUGUGAGAGAUCAGAAGAGAGAGAAAGUUGCUGCUUUAAACAAGAUCCUGGAGUUAGAACAGCAGUUGGAAGCAAAACAAACGCUUGAAUUGGAAAUACAGCAGCUGAAGGGCAAAUUGGAAGUGAUGAAGCAUAUGCCAGGUCAUGAAGAUUCAGUCUCGAAGGAUAAAAUCAAUGAACUUAGUGAGGAGCUGCAAGAUAAGAUGGAUGAACUGGAUGCUAUGGAGUCACUUAACCAAACUCUGGUUAUUAAAGAAAGCAAAAGCAAUACUGAGAUGCAAGAAGCUCGGAAGGAGCUGGAAAAUGGCUUGCUUAAUCUUCCAGGUGGCCGAGCACAUAUAGGGAUCAAGAGAAUGGGCGAGCUUGAUCUGAAAGCAGUUUCAAAUGUUCUCGGACAGAAGUUGUCGAAAGAGGAUGCAGAAGUUACUGCUGCCAUCCUUUGUUCAAAGUGGGAAGCCGAAAUAAAGAAUCCAGAAUGGCACCCUUUUAGGGCUGUCAUGGUUGAUGGAAAGGAAAUGGAAAGAAUCAAUGCUGACGACGCAAAGCUUCGAGAAUUAAAAGAUGAGCAUGGCGAAGAAAUAUAUUCGUUGGUGACCAAGGCGCUGCGUGAGUACAAUGUUAACAGCACCAGGUAUCCCGUAGGAGAGCUGUGGAACUUCAGGGAAGAACGGAAGGCGUCUCUCAAGGAAGCUGUCCAGGUGGUCCUGAGACAGUGGCGAGCCAACAGGAGGAAGCGUUGAUUGAGCCCAAUCGAUGUCGCUUCUUUCCUCCUGGCCUGGACAUCAGCAUUAUUGUUGUUUGAUAAAUCUCUAGGGACCAUCUACCCCAUGUUGGACACAAAUCGAAUAAGAAAUAAUCCUGUUGUUGCAGUAGUAGUAUCAUUAGUGAAGUCUCUAUCCAUCUGUGUAGACAAGCUUGAAUAAAGACUUGCAGUAGUAUCAGCACCUGCAAGCACGCCAUCGACCCGAUCAUCGGCGUCUGUUGGUAAGCGCCGCUGUAUGCUUUGUUGUCUUAAGUUGCUGAUAGUAAUUCAGAGGAGUGUUUGUUUGUUGUCUGAA